AUGGGUGUAUACGAAGAACGAGGGGAGCAGAUUGAACCAAACUGGAAGCUGGGUAAUUGGAGAACCAAGCAUACGUCAUCCAACAGUGGACGUCCCUUAGAGGUUCUUUAUGCAAUUGGGGGAGUCAGUCCUACAGGCAUCACCGGUGGGGUGGAGCGUUACAACCCCCUGGAUCAUGAGUGGCAAAUCCUGGGCUCGGUCUUGAGACAGCGGAGUGGCAUUGGGGUGGCUUCCCUUAAUGGGUCCAUCUAUGCAGCUGGUGGCCACGAUGGACUCGUCUGCCUCAAUAGCGUUGAGAGGUAUCUCCCCGAAAUCAAUGAGUGGAAGAGAAACGUCGCACCUCUGAGUGAACCGAAGCAAGAUGUAGCUAUGGCUGAACUCGGCGGUUACUUAUAUUGCGCUGGUGGUUUUGAUGGGCUGGUUUGCCUCAACACGCUGGAAAGAUACGACCCAGUAUUGGAUAGAUGGCAGAAGUUGGCGCCUAUGAAGUGUCGUCGAAAAGGCCUGGGCUUGGCCGUCCUGGAUGGAUAUUUAUAUGCCGUUGGGGGCUCCGAUGGAUAUUCUCCCUUAUGCUCAGUCGAGCGCUACGACCCCACAGAAGACCAGUGGGCUGCCUGCCCUCCGCUCCGCAGCUGCCGGGAAAACCUGGGUUGCGUCGCGUUGCGAGGCAAGAUCUAUGCCGUCGGUGGGCAGGAUGAAUGGACCGAACUCUGCAGCGCUGAGCGCUUUGAUCCCCUGAUCAACCGAUGGACGCCUGUGAGGCCCAUGAGGUCCAAAAGGAGCAAGGUCAGCCUUGCUGCUAUCAACGGGUAUCUCCUGGCCAUUGGCGGUUACGACGGCAUCGUUGACGUUUCGACGGUGGAAGCUUUCGACCUGGAUCUCAACGCAUGGAGAAGUUUUGGCAACACGAAGAGCCGUCACCCAGGUGGAGGCGUCACUGUGAUCCAAAUGGCCACUGAAGAUGUGGAAUCCUUUGAGUCCCCUUGGAGCAGAUAA